CGCCAUCAUGUGGCGGCAGUGCUCAAUCAUCACCGGAAGUAGAGGAAGAACAUCCUGAGCUAGGCACUGGUGUCCAUUUUAUUUAAACCCAAUAGCUUGCUGCGUUGUUUUCAUCGCUCGCAUUUAUCCUACUGCGUAAAAUAAAGUACAAAACUGGGUCUUUAGAAAUGAGCAGUUCAGAGGAAGUGUCAUGGAUCUCCUGGUUCUGUGGACUAAGGGGGAAUGAAUUUUUCUGCGAGGUGGACGAAGAUUAUAUCCAGGACAAGUUCAACUUGACGGGCCUCAAUGAGCAAGUUCCUCACUAUCGUCAGGCUCUAGACAUGAUUCUAGACCUUGAACCAGAUGAGGAGCUUGAGGACAAUCCCAACCAGAGUGACCUGAUCGAGCAGGCGGCUGAAAUGCUGUACGGCCUCAUCCACGCACGCUACAUCCUCACUAACCGAGGCAUUGCGCAGAUGUUGGAGAAGUAUCAGCAGGGGGACUUCGGCUAUUGUCCUCGUGUCUAUUGUGAGAAUCAGACGAUGCUUCCCAUUGGCCUGUCAGACAUCCCGGGAGAAGCAAUGGUGAAGCUGUACUGCCCAAAAUGCAUGGAUGUCUACACACCCAAAUCCUCCAGGCACCACCACACGGACGGAGCCUACUUUGGCACCGGCUUCCCCCACAUGCUGUUCAUGGUUCACCCCGAGAACAGGCCCAAGAGACCUGCCAAUCAGUUUGUCCCAAGGCUGUACGGGUUCAAGAUCCACCCGAUGGCCUACCAGCUGCAGCUCCAAGCGGCCUCCAGCUUCAAGAGCCCCGUCAAAGCCAUCCGCUAGCAGACCGCGAGUGAGACGAAUCGGCGUCAAAUAUUGACAAAAGAGGGCGAAGGGUCACCUGUGUUUUAUAAAAGCUGCACAAGUGACCCCUCCCCACUCUGAAGACUGUAUUAUUUGGGGGUGGGGGGGUUAGAUUAGAGCAAGUGAAAUCGACAUAAUAAUAAUUAUAAUGAUUCUGAGGGUGAGCGAGACGUGAACGCACAGCCUUAAGUCUUCAUCACAUAAAUGGGCAUCCAGUGCCCCUGCCCCGCCCACAAACAUGGCUGCCAGCAAUUUAAGCAUCGUAGAUGAAUUUAUUUUUUGCCAUAUUGCUGGUUCAUAUAGCUGUUUUGCAGUCGCGGUGUCAAAACAAAAAACUCUGCCUAAAGAUAUAGACAUUGUGUGCUGCUACUGUUAGGGAAGACAUCAUAGAAACAAACCAAUUUAGCUGUCUGUAAAUGUCAAUUUUAUCUAAGCUCCCCCAAACCUCCCAUCGCUCGUUUAAUUUCAUAGUUUCUAUUGGACUUUUUUGCUCAGAUGAAUUAAGCUACCAGUUAGCAUAACUUUUGGAAACCAGAUGGAAAUUGCUCGUAUAAACAACUUAAAAUGUUUUCACAGUCUGCUCUGGAAUUAAUUUAAUUUGCUAAACAAAUAGUGAUUUUAAAUAGGUCCUAUUAUUUGAUUAACCCUAGCUAGCUCUUGGCCGCUGGUUUUCAAUCUUUAUGCUAGGCUACAAGAUAGCUCUCCUUGGGUGUUAGCUUCAUAUCUAACAUACAAACAUUCACGUCACAAUAAAAACAAAAUGUGUUUCUUCCAAAAUAAAAGAAUAUUAAAGACGCUGCAGCAGAGCACUGAUUUCACUGCUGCAACUCGUGAGUUGUUUUUAGGCUUAGCAGUAGCCAAGACCACCAGCUGCCAUUUUGGUUUCCUUUCUAGAACACUGAGGCCGAUGCACCUUGUUUCCCCCUGCUCGCUCUUUUUCUCUUGUUUUCUUGGAAUUCCCCCUCGCGCCCCCCAAGUUUCACUACACAUAAGUGAAUUCAUAUUUAUGUGUCCACACUUGAAAUCCUGUUUGUUGUUUUUUUUCCCCUCUGUGCUACUUGGGAAGGGUGAACCGUAUUCUGACAUCUCAAUAAAGGUUGAUUCUUCUUUUCAUA